AUGUAUACUCAAGCCACUCCUACUAUCCUUGUCGAGAACGUCGGCGUCUCCCAUCGCGAGAACCCCGAUACUGAAAUUGCUGCUCUGAUCAACGCUGCCUGGAGCAUCGUGGUAGGGCAGUAUACGGGGCAGGAAGACACUCGCUUCAUCACUGCCACUACGUCGGGAGAGGCCGACGAUCUUGAAUCCACCUACCAAAUCUGCAACGCACAGCUCGACGGCGCAACAACAAUUUUCGACUUCAUCCAACAAACACACCAAGCGACGAAGGAGCUGGCCUCCGACCAGGUCCCUUUGGCUCCUUCACGAAAUGAAACUGCUACCUCGCCAUUCCUACAAUCCAUCACGACCCUCACCUCCAACAAGACCUACCUCAACUCCUCAUCUCCCAGCCAUCUUGACGCUACGGGCGCGCUAAUUGAGCUCGUGGCUAUCCCUCUGCCAUUUGACAAGCUCGAAUUUGUGGUGCGUUUUGCACCAAACACAAUCGACCAGGAACGAGCCGAUCGCCUCGCGGCUGCCUUUGCGCACGUUCUUAAUUUGAUCAACAACCCCGACCGGCGUCACGACCGCUUAGACGCCGUCGAUCUAGUCAGUGACUACGACAAGGCAAAGCUUUGGACCUGGAAUAGCGUCCAGCUGCCAGAGACGGUCGAAUCAUGCGUCCAUCUCCUCUUCCGUCAGCGCGCGCAGGAGGAGCCGGACAUGCUCGCCGUGGACGCCUGGGACGGCCGCUUCACGUAUGGCGAGCUGGACGCUAUUUCCGAUCGCAUCGCAGUCUGGCUAGCCCAAGAAGAGGGAAUCCGACCGGAAUCUAUUGUCCCCCUGUGCUUUGAGAAGAGCCGCUGGGCCAUUGCGGCCCUUUUGGGUGUAAUCAAAGCAGGGGGUGCUAUUGUGUUUAUUGACCCAGCUAACCCAGUCAGCCGCAGGCAAGAUAUCAUGGAACAAAUCGAAGGUAAGUGGGUGCUGAGCUCCAAGAGCCAGGCCGAAACGUGGGAAAAGGAAAUGGGCGUGCGAGCUAUCGUCGUUGACGAACAAUUCGUUGCCUCCCUCCCCGUCGAUGAUCAGAUCCUCGAGUCCGGCGUUACCCCUAACAAUCUCCUCUACCUCAUCUUUACUUCAGGAAGCACAGGAAAGCCGAAAGGCUGUCUCAUCCCGCACAAGGCAUUCAUCUCGGGUGCCCUCGUACACGCCUCUCUAUCCAACCUCUCUCGCGGGAGUCGAGUCUUGCAGCUCGCCUCGUACAGUUUCGAUGUGAGUAUGCUGGAGAUCAUGACUUCGCUUAUCUCGGGUGCAUGUGUAUGCACUCCAGACAUGGCUAGCAUGGCCCAGGGUCUCCAGCCCAUCUUCGACAAAUUCGACAUCACAUGGUCCUUUUUGACGCCGUCGCUCGUCAAGCUACUGCGACCCGAGAUGGUUCCCAAGCUCAAAACCCUCGCCCUUGGUGGUGAGCCACUCAGCAAAGUCGACAUCGAGACAUGGGCACCACACGUGCAACUUAUCAACGGGUACGGUCCGUCCGAAUGUUCCGUUGCCGCUGCGGGUGAUCCACAUUUAAAACCAAACAGCGAUCCAUCAAAUAUUGGCCGCGCCGUUGGUGGACUUUGCUGGAUCGUCGAUGCCGAGAACCACGACCGGCUCGUUCCACUAGGCGCCGUCGGCGAACUCUUGAUCUCCGGUCCCAUUCUCGCUCGUGGAUACUUGAACGAUGCAGAAAAGACCGCCGCCUCUUUCAUUGAGGACCCGACCUGGACCGAAGGCUGGUCGCUGACACCAUCCAAUGCGACCGUGUUGAGUGAAAGUGCUUCCAUGCGCUUUUACAAGACCGGUGACUUGGCCCGGUUUAACCUUGACGGCACCAUCCAGAUCCUGGGUCGCAAAGAUACCCAAGUUAAACUUCGUGGUCUACGCGUGGAGUUGGGUGAAAUUGAGCACAACAUCGCUCGCCACCCCCACAUCAAACAUGCUGCGGCAUUCCUUCCCAAGGCUGGGCGUUGCAAGGAGAAAAUCGUCGCCGUUGUAUGCUUGAAAGACUUCGCUCAGGACUCCAAAGCUGGCGACUCCAGUGCGCCGAUCGACGUGCUAUUCGAAGAUGAGAGACCAGAUGUCAAGGACCAGACCGAUGCAGUCCGGAACCACCUGCGCGGCUGUGUGCCGGAAUACAUGGUUCCCGCCGUAUGGAUCGUGGUUGAGGCAUGGCCGCUGUUGGUGUCCGCCAAGCUCGAUCGCAAGCGGGUUUUCAACUGGUUGUUGGAUAUGGAUGAGAGCCUGUACAAUCGCCUUCUAGGAUUACUCAGUGCUGAUUCGUCAGAAAAUCGCUCCUUGGAUGAGGAGGCCGACUUGGAUCUGUCAGAGGUCGAGCGAGCCCUUCGAGACAUUUUCGCUGGUGCCCUGAACACUCCCACUCACAGUCUGCCGCUGGACAAGUCUUUCAUCGCGCUUGGUGGCGACAGUCUCGCUGCCAUGCGUGUGAUCUCACAAUGCAAGCGUGCUGGCUUGAAUGUUACAGUACAGGACAUGAUGAAGAGCAAUGGCAUCAAAGACCUGGCUGGCCGUUUGGAGAAGUCCUCUGGUCUGAAACCAAAGUCGAGCAGUUUGGAUGCCUCGUUUCCACUUUCCAGGGCUCAGCAAUUCUGUCUGGGUGACGGGAGGGCGGCAAACCACCUCACGCAGAGCAUUCUCUUGAAAUUGGAUGCUAGUGUUUCGGCUGCUCGGGUCAAGGCUGCCCUGGAGGCUAUUGUUACCCGCCACUCCAUGUUGCGGGCGCGCUUUGCUGACAUUGUAGAGGACGGCGCCGUUUCCCUCAAGCAAACGAUCGCCUCUGAGGUUGAGUGUUCUUACCGCUUCCAACAUCACCGCAUAGAACGUCCUGAAGAUAUCACCACCAUCGCAGCCUCAGCCGACGCGGUGUCACUCUCUGGACCCAUUUUCUCUGCUGGUUUGGUUUCAGGAACAGAAAAGCAACUGUUGGUCUUGAGAGCCCACAGUGCUGUGAUCGACACACCCUCCUGGAACAUCAUCAUCCGACAGCUUCAGAACUGCUUGAGUCUCUCAGAUGGGCCUAUUCCGGACGAGAAAGCCGAGGAGCCAGUCUCUUUUCAGAACUGGGUCAAUUUUGAGAGAGAGUCAUCGGGCGCCGAGAUUGCAGUCGCGCCACGCGCUUUGGCAGCCACGGAAGUUGAUAUGGACUACCAGGCAGUGGAGAUUGACCAGGAAACAGCCACUCUGCUCUUGAGCGACGAAGUACACAGACCACUGCGGACUGACGUUGUCGACUUGAUAAUGGCAAGUCUGAUGCUCUCGUUCAGCCAAAUCUUUGGCGACCGCGAGACCCUGCCUACACUUGCUCUGUGGGAGGAUGAGCGUGGACUUGCGUUUGAAGAUUUCGGCAUUGACCUCUCGCAAACCGUUGGUCGAUUCGAGACUCUCCGUUCAAUGGCUCUCGACACCGCCGAUAUGAGCACCACCGACGAGCAAGUGCGCAUGCUGAAGGGAAUCAAGGACGCCCGGAAAACGAGAAUGAAGUCAAGCAGUACUGAAAGCCCAGAGAUCUCGUUUCGCUACCGCAAUCUGUCGAACGUGAUUGACGGUCCUCGCAGUCUGGUGCAGAUUAAGCCGCGCCCGGUCUUCCUUCCUGCUCCCGGCGCCGCUCCUUUGGUCAGCAACAUCUCCAUUGUGGCGGAAGUUAUCGAUGACAAUAUUCAGCUUGCGUUCUCUUUCAAUAAGAAGGUUGUGCAAGAGACCCACGUCAAGGCUUGGAUCGCGACCGCGCAGGAAACACUUGCUACCCUCGUUGUCAAGAUGAUGACCGCCCCAGUCGAAUACACUCCAUCAGACUUUCCGUUAUUGGGCGAGGUCAGCUACAGCACCCUGGAUAACCUUAUCUACGACAAACUGCCUCAGAUCGGCCUCAUUCCUGGGCCCGAGACCUCGUUGAUCGAAGAUAUUUAUCCAUGCUCACCCAUGCAACAGGACCUGUUGCUUAGCCAGCACCGGUCUAAGGAUGACACAUAUGAUGUCUACCAUAUCGCGGAACUCAGGUCGCGCGAUCCCAAGGAGUCGGUGUCCGUUGAGCGACUUGCGCGGUCGUGGGGCGAGGUUGUGCAGCGACACACAUCUCUACGCACCAUCUUCGUUGAAAGUGCCGACGUCGAGGCUCAAUUCAGCCAAGUUGUGCUAUCGCACACCCAGCCCAAUAUCUCAAUCGUGGACUGCUGCCCUACUGAUGACUUCGCUUUGGUCCUUGCCAACCAAGACCCUGUCUCAAUCAGAGGACCCGAACCUGCCCAUCGACUCUCCAUUUGCCGCAUUGCUGGAGCCAACCACGUUGUGAUGAAGCUAGAGAUCAACCACGCCAUCGUGGAUGGCGUAUCCGCGGCCGUGAUCGUCCGUGACCUACUGCAGGCGUAUGAUGGUCAUGCCGCCAAGUGGGAGCCAGCACUGCCGUUCCGCAACUACAUCUCCCACAUUCGACAGACACCUCUGGCCUCAUCAAUCGACUUUUGGGCAGAAUACCUGAAGGAUCAAAGUGCGACCAUGGUUCCUAGGCUGGCCAGUCUAGAAACCGACAAUCAAGGUGAGAGGCAGUUGAACGUGGUGUCGGUUCCCCUGAAGGAGGAAGGGGUCUCCAAUGAGGCACUCCUCGACUUCUGCCGGAAGGCCUCAGUCACCCCUGCCAACGUGUUCCAAGCCGCCUGGGCCCUGGUACUCCGCGCCUAUGCUGAGUCGCCCGAGCAAGUCUGCUUCGGUUACCUCUCGGCGGGACGCGACGCUCCCCUGCAGGGCAUCCAAGACGGAGUGGGUGCUUUCCUCACUAUGCUGGUGAGCCGUCUGUCUUUUGCAACUGAGAACGCAGGUGCCAAUGCUACCACUGUUAAUACACUACUGGACGCCGUGCAAGUUGUUGCUGAUGACUACGUCAACGCUCUGCCUCACCAGCACGUUGGUCUCUCCAACAUCCAGCAUGCACUCAAGACAGGAGGAAGUCCACUUUUCAACACUAUCGUUACGGUAAACCGCGAUGUUGACAGCCCCGCCGAUUCUUCACUCAUCUUCAAGAACAUCGGGGAUCACGAACCCGACGAGUAUGCUAUCGUCCUAGACGUGCAGCUCAACGGUUCCAACAUGGCGCGAGCUUCCCUCCGUCACUGGACCGAUCAUUUGACACCUAAACAAGCAAGCAAUAUUGCCAGUGCGCUUGGAAGUGCUGUUAAAUCUAUUAUAACCCGACCGGAUACCCCUAUCAGUGAGGUGAGCCUUGUGGGGGUUGCCCAUAAACAUGAACUAUUGUCCUUCAACACCCACCCGCUGCCACGGGCAAACCGAUUGAUCUUCACCAAGUUCGAGAAACUCGCUCGCGUGCAGCCUGAUGCCCAGGCUGUGUGUGCUUGGGAUGGCGAAUGGACGUACUCGCAGCUCGAUGAGGUAUCUAACCGCCUCGCUCACUACCUUCGUGCUUUGGGGGUAGGUCCCGAGGCCGUAGUGCCACACUGUUUCCCCAAGUCGGGCUGGACUAUCGUGACGUGCCUUGCAAUCCUGAAAGCGGGUGGUGCAUUCGUAGGUCUGGAUCCGACACACCCAAGAAAGCGACUGGAAGGCUUGGUCCAAGAAGCUGGAGCCACGGUGGUGUGCGUGGCACCGCAGAAUAGGCACUUGUUCGAGGCAUGCGACAGCUUGAGCAUCGUGGCGAUCACUCCCGAAUUUGUUGCCAAGCUCCCUUCGAAGUCAGGGCCGGCAUGUGGUUCCAUCCAGCCAAACAAUGCAGCUUGCGUCGUUUUCACGUCUGGUACAACAGGCCGCCCCAAGGCUGUAGUGGUGGAACAUGCCUCGAUGGCGACCUUGUCAGAUCUCAUGGGUCCGGCAGUUCGCAUCGGCCCAGAGGCUCGCGUCUUCCAGUUUGCCAGCUACACCUUCGAUACAUCGAACCAGGACAUCUUCACGACCCUACAACGCGGUGGCUGUAUUUGCGUCCCCUCGGAUGACGACCGUGUCAACGACAUCCCUGGCGCUUUAAACCGCCUCCGCGCUAACCACGCCCAUUUGACCAGCACAGUUAUCAGUCUCAUGCGCCCGGAGCAGGUUCCUCAGCUUCGAUGGCUCUUCAGUGCUGGAGAGCCCCUUACCAGGGAGAACGUGGAGAUCUGGGCGCCAGCGGUGGAGCUCUACAACAGUUAUGGCCCGGCCGAGUCAUCUGUUGCCGUCACUUGUACUCCCACCCGCCUGAGCGUUAAUGGCAGCCCAGCAAAUAUUGGUCAGGCCUUUGGUUGCCACGCAUGGAUUGUCGACCCUAGCGAUCACCACAAGCUGAUGCCUCUGGGGGCUGUGGGCGAGCUCCUCCUUGAGGGUCCGCUGCUUGCACGUCAUUAUCUAAACAAUCCAGAGCAGACAGCAGCAGCCUUUGUCCAAAAGCCGAAAUGGGCAAAGAGUAUGACUCCGGACCGUAACCGACGCUUCUACAGAACCGGUGAUCUGUGCCGUUUCAACCGGGAUGGUAGUCUGACCAUCAUCGGCCGCCGGGAUAGUCAGAUCAAGAUUCACGGCCAGCGCGUUGAGCUUGACCACAUCAAGUACGAAGUCCAGGCACAGCUGGCCCAGCUUGACCACUCGAGUCUAGUGUCUGUCGAUGCCGUGAUGCUUCCAAGCAGCCAAACUCAGCACCGAACCCUGGUAGCAUUCGUUCAGUUCCUCGAUGAGUCGUCCUCAAAGCCGCUGGACACCUCGCCAACUCCCAUGACCGAGACACUCGCCCGCCUGUUUUCAGACCUCAAGGCAGCCCUCAAAACCAGUCUGCCCCAGUACAUGGUCCCCGCCAUGUUCAUUCCAAUCACACAGAUCCCGCGAACCGCAAACGGCAAGUUGGCUAGAAAUGUCCUGCGCGAGAUAAUCGCCUCUCUCUCGGAGUCCGAUGUUUCCCGUUACAUGCUACAGGGUGAUACUACGAAGAGGGCACCGACGACACCCCGUGAACAGAAGCUGCAGGCUGCCUGGAGUAAAGUGCUUAACCUGCCUAUGGAGAAGGUGGGCGCUUCUGAUGACUUCUUCCAACUUGGAGGCGACUCAGUCGUGGCUAUGCGGCUUGCAGGUGCUGCACGAGUGGCAGGCAUGUCCUUGACUUUCGCGGACAUCUUUGCGCAUCCCGUCUUGUCCGAUAUGGCUCAAGUCGUGCGCAUGGGCGAUGAAUCUGGUGAACCGGGAACAGAUGAGACGGCAUUUGACCUUGUCCCACUGUCAUCUACCUUACCACUGCAAACGAUUCGCGCCGAAGCAGCAGCACAGUGUGGUGUUAGGCCCGAGGCCAUCGUCGAUAUGUACCCGUCCACCCCACUGCAGGAGGGCCUGAUUGCUCUUUCCAUGCGACAAACCGGAGCGUACAAGGAUCAACGCAUCUUGCGCCUCACGGACCCGAAUUAUGACGUGUCCAGAUUCCGCCGUGCGUUUGAUGCUGUUGCCUCCGCCGAACCCAUUUUCCGCACGCGCUUUGUGAGCGUCAGUGGCGCUGGACUGCUCCAGGCGGUAUUGAAUGUCCCGGUUAACUGGACCAAGAGCGACAAUCUGGCCGGGUAUCUCGAGGAGGAUUUGAACGCUCCAGUGACCUAUGGAAGCGCGCUAAUUCGCCUUGCCCUGGUAGAAGAGCAGGACGGAGAACGCUACAUCGUGUGGUCAGGACACCAUGCGCUGUGCGACGGCUUCAGCAUGGACAUCACAUUCGAACAAAUUGCCCAUGCAAUGGAACACGAUGGUUCCGUCGUGCCCAAGCCGGUGUCUUUCAAGGGAUUCAUCCGCUUCUUGCAGGAUCAGGAGCGAGACAGCUCUGCCAGAGAGUACUGGCAGAAGCAGUUCCCUGCUGAUGGCGAGGCACCACCCCAAUUCCCUCCUCGGCCACAAGGCCACCAGGUUGUCCCUCAUCGCGCGUGUCGCUUGCAAUUCCAGCUGAAUCGUCCGACCGGGACCAAGAUCUCGGUGACGAACUAUCUGCGCGCCGCAUGGGGUCUAGUCGUGGCUCGACGCAUGGACAGCUCUGACGUCCUGUUCGGCGUGACCCUUUCUGGCCGAAACGCCCCGGUUGCGGGUAUCUCUACCAUGAACGGGCCCACGAUGACAACCGCCCCGUUCCGCAUGACAGUUCCAUUGGACGGCGAGACAACGGUCGCACAGUACUUGGACUCCCUUCACCAGCAGGGUAUGACAAUGAUGCCGUUUGAACACACCGGCCUGCAGAAUAUUCGUCGACUCAAUGAGCAAGCUCGUGCGGCUAUCGACAACAUGGGACAUCGUUUCGCGGUGGAGCCGAGCAUCGCGGACGUCAGCGAGGCCCUCGACGGAAUGGAAAUCGUAACCGCCGAUCUGCCAGAGGGCUUUUACACGGAUGCGUUGGUCAUUCGCAACUACGACCACAGUGACGGAGCAAUUGUCGUGGAAGCCCGAUAUGAUCAUACUUUGAUCUCUGAUCGAGAUAUGCAGAGACUGCUCAGACAGUAUAACCAUGUCGUCCAGCAACUGACCAGUCAACCGGAGACUUGCGUUCGCGAUAUCCAAGUUCUUAGUCCAGAAGACAUGAGCGAGAUCACCGCAUGGAAUGGUGAUCUGCCUGAGACAGUACAAGGGUGUAUACAUCAACUUGUCGCGGAGCGAACCAAGGAGCGUCCAGACGCUGAGGCUGUGUGUGCCUGGGACGGAAGCUUCACCUUCAGAGGACUGGAUGCAGUGACGGAACGCCUCGCAGCCCAUCUCCAAAGCCUCGGUAUCGGCCCAGAAGUGACUGUCGCUCUUUGCUUUGACAAGUCCAAAUGGAAUGUCGUCUCCAUGUUAUCCGUCCUCAAGGCUGGCGGUUGCUACACGGCCUUGAGCCCGGCAUAUCCCGCCGCUCGCAUGCAGGAUAUUCUCCAGGACGUCCAAGCACCCUUGGUACUUUGUUCACCCCACCAUGCGGAUAAGUUCGCCGGCAUGGCACCAAAGGUUCUCCCGAUCGAUGAUGCCAGUUUCGAAUAUAUACCCAAACAAACAACAGCUGACCGCGUCACGUCCACCGUGCAACCAUCCAACGCAGCUCUGAUCGUUUUCACAUCCGGCAGUACCGGUAAGCCCAAGGGCGCAAUCAUCGAGCAUCGAGGGUUGUGCUCCAUGCAGCACUAUGAAGGACCUCAUGUACAAAUGGGACCGGAUACUCGCACCCUUCAAUUUGCCUCACAUGUCUUUGACGUGUCCAAUUCGGAGGUCUUCACAACCCUGAUGCGGGGUGGCUGUGUUUGUGUGCCGUCUGAGACUGAGCGACUUAGCGACCUCGCUGGCGCUGUUAACAAAUAUAGAGUGAACUGGUCCUUCCAUGUUCCAACAACUGCAGAGACACUCGAUCCGGAGCAGAUGCCAGGCUUGAAGCAUCUGGCUUUGGGCGGUGAGGCCAUCAGUCAAGGGCUAUGUGACCGAUGGGCAUCCCGUGUGACGCUCCUCAAUUCAUAUGGGCCCUCGGAGUGCAGUAUCUGGACUAGUGCCUCGCAUCUGCAGCCGGGAACCUCGUCUCCGAACAACAUUGGCCGAGGACUGGGAUGCCGCACAUGGAUCACCGAAGCAAAUGACCACAAUCGUCUGGUGGCGAUCGGUUGCGUCGGCGAGCUCUGUGUCGAAGGCCCUAUCGUCACUCGAGGCUAUAAAGCCAAUCCGGAACAGACCGCUGCUGCCUAUAUCGAGAACCCGAAAUUUGCACGGGAGCUGGGCAUCCAAACCAUGCGCAUGUACAAGACAGGUGACCUGGUGAAGUAUGAUGCAGACGGCACUAUCCUCUACGUUGGUCGCAAGGAUAGCCAAGUCAAGGUCCGUGGGCAGCGCAUUGAGCUGAGUGAGGUGGAACAAAACAUUGUGGCCCAUGGUAUUGAUGCGGAUGCCGUCGUGGUUGAAAAGAUCUUCCUGGAUGGCAACAAAGACCGCGUGGCUCUGGCGGCAUUCCUAAGGCUCAAUACGGCCUCCGAGUUAACUGAUGCGUCUGAGUAUGUCGAAAGCUUGGACGUCGUCCGUGACCAGCUCGUCGCCCUGAAGAACCACCUUUUGGAGACAAUCCCUCCCCACAUGGUUCCUUCUUUCUUUAUUCCCAUGCGAUCCAUGCCCGUGACACAGACAGGGAAGAAGAACCGCAAGGCGCUCCGAACACUUGCGGCGUCUUUCUCGUCCGAGCAACGACAAAAAUAUGCUCUGGACGAUGAAGCCGAUUCCUGCAAAUCUAACGGAGGUCGUGCAUGCACCAGCGAGGCGGAGAAGCGACUCCGGGGAUUGUGGUCGGAACUUCUCGGGAUCUUCCCAGAGGAGUCAAUCUCGGCCAACGACAACUUCUUCCAUAGGGGAGGCGAUUCAAUUCAAGCCAUGCGACUGGCAGCCGCCGCUCGUCGCGCUGGCAAGGCGCUGGCAGUGAGCGACUUGUUCCGCAUGCCGCGCCUGUAUCAAAUGGCCGAGCUCUGGGAAAGUAGUGUGCAAAGCCAAGAUGCAAACAUUGCGCCUUUCUCUCUGCUUCAACCAGAGAUCGUUGAUGACGCUAUUCAGGAGGCCGUUCGCCAAUGCAACGUUGAUUCGAGCGAUAUCGAAGACAUUUAUCUCUGUUCAGCGCUGCAAGAAGGUCUCAUGGCAGUCUCCACGCGGAAGCAGGGCUCCUACAUCUCAACAAGAAUCUUCGACUUGCCAGCCGAUCUCGACAUCGACCGCUUCAAAGCAGCAUGGCAAAAGGCAGCUGAUGUUUUCCCGAUCCUGCGGACACGCAUUGUUCUUGGUCGCGCGUCCGAGUCUCUCCAGGUGGUGGUCAAGGAGAAGUUGACCUGGCAGACAAUCACCGAUGAGACAUCCUUUAGCCUUCCUAUGAUUGAGUACGGAGGCCGGCUUUGCUCCUUUGCGAUCGAUAUUGAGGCACGGAAAUUUGUCUUGGCCCUCCAUCACGCUCUUUAUGAUGGCUGGAGUGCCACGGUGCUGCUUGGAGCUGUGGAGAAGUUCUACGCGGGUGAGCAAUACCAGGUGGGACCAGGAUAUAAUGUCUUCAUUCGUCAUCUCUCUCAGGUUGAUCAGUCCGAGUCGGACAGCUUCUGGAAAGAUCAACUCACUGGUACACCCGCUCAUUUCCCCAAAUUGCCCUCUAAGACAUACGAGGCGAAGAACAGUGCCAACGUGUCUCACACCAUUCGUCUACCGGCACCCGAGCAGCAACCGACUGGAAUUCUCAAGUCAACGCUGCUGCGAGCGGCAUGGGCCAUUGUGAGCUCCAGACAUGCCGGGUCGAAUGAUAUCACCUUUGGUGCGGCACAAUCAGGUCGCGACUGCGCUGUCCCUGGCAUCGUUGAAGUUGUCGGGCCGACCGUGACUACAGUACCAGUUCGUAUCCAGCUCAACGACGACGAGGCCAUCGUCAACUUCCUCCAGCGCGUCCAAGAACAAUCUGUCAGUAUGAUCCCGCACCAACAUGCUGGUGUGCAGACGCUUCGGCAGUUAGGAAAGGAGGUCCAAGCCGCUCUCGAUUUUACCACCUUGUUCGAGUUCGGAGAGGAUUCCACCCAGAAAGGCUUCAUCACAGAGAUAGAGAUGCCUGAGCUGCUGGACGGAUUCUGGUCAUAUCCUAUUGUCUUCGAGUGUCAUCUGGCGGAGAACGGGGAGACUGUCAACGUUUUGGCACGACAUGAUCCGACCGUUAUCCCCACACACCAGAUGGAAUGGAUAUGCAAGCAGUUCGAACACGUUGUUGACCAGCUCUAUCGCAUGGCGUCCGACGAGGUGCAAGCUAACAAACUUCGUGACCUCGACAUCUUCGGCCCAAGUGACUUUACCCAGAUCGAGGCCUGGAACGCUAGAUGGCCUGCGGGUUCCAUCGAUGGUAAGGCAGUUCACGAAGCCAUUGCGGAGCAAAGUCGACUUCGUCCUCACAACCUCGCCCUCUCAGGCUGGGAUGGUGAGAUGACUUACAUCCAGUUAGAGCACUACGCAACCAAGCUAGCCAAAACACUUGUUCUGAAGGGCGUUGGACUCGAAGUCAUGGUGCCUCUAUGCUUUGACAAGUCAAAAUGGGCGAUCGUGUCCACCAUAGCUAUCAUCAAGGCUGGAGGUGUCGUUGUGCAUCUCGGACCUACUCACCCAGCCAACCGCAGAAAGGAAAUCUUGAAGACAAUCGGAGCCGAGUUUGUAUUGGUCUCGCCACAGCACAGUGGCAUUUUUGAUGGUGCCGCUGUUACAACUAUCCCAAUCAACCAAGAGUACUUGGAUCGCCUGCCCGACGUUGACUACGUUGAACUGCCCAAGGUCAAGCCCUCGAACGCCGUCUAUGUUUGCUUCACCUCGGGAAGCACAGGUCGGCCCAAGGGAAUUGUGGUCGAGCACGGCAACCUGCGCAUGAGCGCACAAGCACACGGUGCACAAUUCAAGGUCAACCCUGGCACCAGGGUGUUCCAGUUCUCGGCUUACACUUUCGAUAUCGGUCUCGGUGACAUUUUCAUCUCACUCCAACGCGGAGCCACCAUCUGCACGCCAUCUGACUGGGAGAGAUUGAACGAGCUUCCCGGCGCCAUCACCAAAUAUAAGGCGAACUUCAUGUCAGUCACCCCAUCUGUGGCCAAGCUCCUCCGCCCAGAAGCUGUUCCGACACUGCGAACCCUCGUCCUCGGUGGUGAGGCACCCACUCAAGACAACGUCCAAACCUGGUCGGAUAAACUGAACCUGAUCAUUAUUUGGGGCCCAGCCGAGACCACCAUCUAUGCAUCUGCGACGCCCCCGACAACCCGGGAAACAAGUGCACAAGGCCUCGGAAACCCAAUGGGUAGUGUGAUGUGGCUCUGCGAUCCAGACAAUCACGACAGACUAGUACCCCUUGGUUGCGUCGGAGAAAUUGUUGUCGAAGGUCCCCUCGUCUCGCGAGGCUAUCUCAAGGACGACGCAAAGACGGCAGCCGCAUACAUCGAGGAUCCAGCCUGGGGGAAGAGGAUGGACAAGAGUGCUUCGCCUCGCAGGAUGUACAAAACUGGAGACUUGGCACGCUACGACGCCAACGGCUACAUGUUAUUCUCCGGUCGGAAGGAUAAUCAAGUGAAGCUCCACGGUCAAAGAAUGGAGCUGGACGAAGUGGAGCAUGGCAUGUUGAGACACGAAAGAGUGCGCCAGGCGGUUGCACGCAUUCCUCGCCACGGGCCGCUCAAGGACAAGCUGGUGGCCAUGUUGAGUCUCCAUGAUGUCUCGUCGACCAGCUCGCCCGUUGCCAACAAGAUAAUCGUGCUGGAUGAAGCCUCUCAUGGUAUUAAAAUUGGAGAGGAACUUGCUUCCGUGCGUGGGUUGCUGCAACAAAACGUGCCAAGCUACAUGGUGCCAACGAUCUGGAUUGGUGUCGAGGCCGUUCCAUUGAGCGCCAAUUCUAAGGUGGAUCGGAAGUCCGUGGAUGCUUGGAUGGAAGAGAUGGAUCAAGAAACAUAUGCCUCCUUGCUACGUGAGGGAGGUAGUGACAAGAAGGAAGAAGAAAUUCGUCGCCCAUCCACCCCAGUGGAGCAGAUCCUGUGCAACCUCAUCAGCAAGAUCCUCGGCUUGAACGCGGAGACACUCAACCUCAACUCCUCAUUUCUGGCCCUUGGUGGCGACUCCGUCGCUGCCAUGCAGCUGCGUAGCAAGUCUCGCGCCGACGGGGUCACAGUCUCCAUGCUGGACAUUAUCAGGUGCAAGAGCCUGGUGGAGCUUGCAGCAAAAGCGGAAUAUACUGAGCCAGCCGUGAAGAAGGUCCAGGACGGAUCUUUCGAACUCUCGCCAAUCCAGCAAAUGUACUUUGAUUUGGUAGGAUCUGCCGCGGAUGCAAACAUUGGUCAUUUCGACCAAAGCAUUCUUCUGGAAGUCAACAACUCCGUGCCUCCUCAAGCAUUGCGACAGGCGCUGGUGCAGGUCGUUCGCCGGCACUCGAUGCUCCGCGCCCGGUAUUCACGGAAUGAUGCCGGCCAAUGGUACCAGUACCUUGCUGAAGACUCGGCAAACUCAUUCCAUUUCAGUGUCGAAGACGUGGAAGAUGGUUAUCAAGUUUCCAACAUACUUAGAAACAUGGGCGGUGUGUUUGACAUCGAAACGGGCCCAGUCUUCGCUGCCCGCGUGUACAAUGUCCGUGCAGAGCGCAAGCAGUUGAUGUUCGUUCAUGCUCACCAUUUGGUGGUGGAUGUGGUUUCAUGGCACGUUCUCCUGGGCGACCUGGAGCUGGCCAUUGCCACUGGCAGCUUGGCUGGCCCAGCUCCGCUCUCUUUCCAGAGUUGGUUACGUUCUCAGAAGGAGAUGGCACAGUCUCUCGAGCCGAGAAAUUUGCUACCAUUCGCUAACACAAGCAUGCCUGCGGCCAACUUUAACUACUGGGGAAUGGGAGGCAACAAGUCCAACAGAUACUGUGACGCCGUCGUGACUGAUUUCUGGCUCGAUGAGACACUAACAAACCAGUUAAUGAGUGUCAGCAAGGGGGCUUCGAACGCUGCCCCUGUAGAUAUCGUUCUGGCCUCUCUUCUCCACUCCUUUGCGGCUGUCUUCCCCGACCGCGCCGCACCACCAGUCUUCUCCGAGGGCCACGGUCGCGAGUCAUGGAACAACCAGGUCGAUCCUUCCGGCACAGUGGGCUGGUUCACGACUAUGAGCCCACUGCAUGUAUCUGAUCUCGAGUCGGACAUCAUCGCAACCGUGCAAACAGUCAAGGACUUGCGCCGCAGCCUACCCGCCAACGGCAUGUCCUAUUUCAGCUCCAGAUACCUGUCUGAAAAGGGACGCAAGGCCUUCGGGUCGCAUUUCGACAUGGAAAUCAUGUUUAACUACCUUGGCCGCUCCUCUGAAGUUGGGUCGGAGAACGCCCUUCUCUCGCAUGCCGAGCUUCCAGACGGCGCGACUUUCGACCAGUUGGUCCAAGAUGAAAAGCUUCCUCGCUGGUCUCUUUUCGACAUCGUGGCUCUUGUUGUGGGUGGUAAGACUCACGUCACCAUGGCCUAUAACAAGCACAUGCAACACCAGGAUAGGAUUGUUGAGUGGGCAGCCAAGACAAAAUCAACGCUUAGCCUUGCCAUUGAGGUUCUCAGUGGUGUGAAAAGCCUACCCCCCACUCCCACUCCCACUCGCACCGCCCCUACCCCUACCCCUACCCCUACCUCCACCCCCAAACCCUCAAUCGUGCAGCACCAGCCCCAGGAUCAAUGCAUCACCCUCGACAACAUUGAAGGAAUUUACCCCUGUGCCCCAGUACAGCGACACAUGCUCGCAGAGCGCGAAAAGUACCCCAACCGCCGCCUAUACGAGAUGGACUUCACCUACCACGCCCAUACAAUCAACGGUGUCGUCGGCGUGGACAGAGUCCGCGACGCAUGGCACCAGGUUGUGCAACGUCAUCCCGCACUUCGCACGGUAUUCCUGCCCAGCAUGUCUUCGCCGGGCUCAUACGACCAAAUUGUGAUCCGAAACUGGUACCCUGAGGUCCCCGUGAUCGAGUGCGCCAGCGAAGAUGAGAUGACGGCUCGAAUGGACGCCUACCGAUCAGUCAACUACAGCCUCUCGAACAGAAAGCCACACCAUCAGCUCACCUUGUUCCGUACAACCACAAAGGACGGGGUGAAGAAGGUCGCCUUCAAAACCGAAACAGACCACACCCUGACCGACGGCGUUUCUGUCGCUCUGAUCCUCCGUGACCUGAUGCAGGCAUACGAGGGCAAGCUUCCCACCACCACAGCCCCGUCUUUCGGCAACUACUCGGUCUGGCUGCGCAGCAUGAGCCAGGGCGAAACACUAGUCAAGGACAUGGAAUACUGGCUAGAGUUCUCACAGAGCGCGGGAGCAUCGCUUAUCCCUCAUACCGAUGCCUCAUGCCUUGUGCCCUCGCAGCCCCGGGUCCAUAAGACAAAGACCAUCAACCUCGAUUCGGAGACCACCAGCCGACUACCCGCCUUCUGCGUGCAGCACGGUGUCACGAUGGCAGCCUUUCUUCAGACCGCCUGGGGAAUGGUGCUACAGCACCUCACCGGGUCGGAUAAGACCCUGUUCUCCUUCAUGACAGCCAACAGAGACGCACCGUUCACCGGCGCAGCAGAGACAGUUGGUCCGCUCAUUCAAAUGCUUUUGUGUCGGAUCGAUCUCAGCAACAGAGCCAUUGGUGAUGUGCUUAGGCAGGCACGAGAUGGUUUCCUCGAGUCGCUGGAGCAUCAGUACGGCCUGGCACAGAUGGAAGACGUGUGGCAGACCCCAGCAUGGAACUCUCUUAUGAGUUUACAGUAUAUGGACUCGCGGGUGGGUCAGAAGGCCACCGAGCGGACUGAACUCGAGGUUGAGCUUCGUUCGGCAGAGGAUCCCACUGCUUGGGACGUGUCGAUUGGCUUGCAGAUCCACAGUCGUGGAGAUGGCGUCACAGAGGUUGAUGCGGAGCUGGGAUACUGGUCUGAUGUUCUCACGGAUGAGCGGGCGGGAUACGUGAAAGAGUUGUUUGAAGAUUCUGUGAAGAAGAUGAUUGAAGGAUAUUGA